AUGAACUCAUGGAACCUGAGUUCUUCAAUACCGAUAAUACAUACGCCUCAUGACCAUCCCCCGACAUCAGAAGGAACUCCAGAUCAACCAAAUAAUAACCGAAAAGAUGAUAAACUGCACAAAAAAAGAGGCGAUUCAGAUGAGGACUUAAGCCCUAUAUGGCAUUGUGUCGUCUCCGGUGGGAUUGGUGGAAAAAUAGGAGAUUCUGCGAUGCAUUCAUUGGAUACUGUUAAGACAAGACAACAGGGCGCACCCAAUGUCAAAAAAUACAGGAACAUGAUCUCUGCAUAUCGUACCAUUUGGCUAGAAGAAGGCGUGAGAAGGGGGCUAUACGGCGGUUACAUGGCUGCCAUGUUAGGCUCCUUCCCGUCAGCGGCAAUCUUCUUUGGGACCUAUGAAUAUACUAAGAGAACAAUGAUAGAAGAUUGGCAGAUUAACGAUACCAUCACACAUUUGAGCGCUGGAUUUCUUGGCGAUUUUAUCUCCAGUUUUGUUUAUGUUCCAUCAGAGGUCCUAAAGACAAGGCUACAAUUGCAAGGAAGGUUCAAUAAUCCUUUCUUUCAAUCUGGCUAUAAUUAUUCGAAUUUAAGAAAUGCCAUAAAGACAGUUAUAAAAGAAGAAGGGUUUCGCUCACUAUUUUUUGGAUACAAAGCCACUUUAGCCAGAGAUUUGCCAUUUAGUGCAUUGCAGUUUGCCUUCUACGAAAAGUUUAGGCAAUUGGCUUUCAAGAUUGAACAGAAAGAUGGUAGGGAUGGUGAGUUGUCUAUACCUAAUGAAAUAUUGACUGGUGCCUGUGCAGGUGGACUGGCGGGAAUCAUUACCACACCAAUGGAUGUUGUUAAGACUAGAGUCCAAACUCAACAGCCGCCCAGCCAAAGCAACAAAUCAUACUCAGUAACACAUCCACAUGUAACAAACGGCAGACCGGCAGCACUUUCCAACUCGAUUUCGCUCAGCCUUCGGACGGUCUACCAAUCUGAAGGUGUGUUAGGUUUCUUUAGUGGCGUUGGCCCUAGAUUCGUCUGGACAAGUGUUCAGAGCAGUAUAAUGUUGCUUCUGUAUCAAAUGACCCUACGCGGAUUAAGUAACGCAUUUCCAACGGACUAA